GGCAGCUGCGUCUGUACUGUUGGCAGGAGUGACCAGAAUAAAAACAGCAACACCAGACAUAGAGGAGGAAAAAAGCGAAGUAAUCCAUUGAACCAGAGUCUUUGCCCUCUCUUAAUUACGUAAAGUCCCAUAUCUUUUCCCUUUUUCACUUUUUUUCCCCACUCUUUAAGACUUUGGGCUUGUUGUAAUUAGAUAGAAGAGAAUAAAACCAGCUGAUCGGGAGAGGGGUGUGCAUUUUGGAGCGAGAUGGCUAACAGAAACAUUCUGUUGCUCUUCUGUGGACUCUUCCUCUUAGCACUGAUUCAGCCCUCUCUUCAAGGAGGUGUGUAUGUACCACCUGGUGCUGGGAUUGGACCAGGAGGCACUGGACCAGGAAAUGGAUUCUUUCCAGGGUCUGCUGGAGGAGUCCCUGCAGGCUAUAAACCAGCUAAAGCUGCAGUAGGAGGUUAUGGAGGUGGAGGGCGUGGUGUGGGGCCAGGUGGUCUGGUGCCAGGAGGUGUUGGGCAUGGUGGCUUGGGCAAUGGAGGACUGGGAGCAGGACAAGGUGGAAAGCCCCCUAAACCAGGUUAUGGCAAUCUAGGAGUCAGUGGUCUUGGAGGUGGUGGCCUAGGAGCUGGGGGCUAUGGAGGAGGUGGUUAUGGUGGAGGCACUGGGGGCUUUUUCCCAGGAGCUGGACAGAAGGCUGCUAAAAGAGGUGCAGGAGGCCAUCUGCUACCACAUGGAGGGACUGGAGGAACAGGAACUGGAGCUGCCGUGCCUGCUGGAGUACCUGUUAUUCCUCAGACUGGCCUUCCAGGAGGGGGUGGUGCUGGUGCUGGAAAGAAAGCUGCCAAAGUGCCAGGUGUGGGUGUGCCUGGACUUUACCAAGGUGGACUGGUGCCAGGACAAGGGUUUGGUGGACGUGGCGUUCUGCCUGGGGUGGCCACAGGCACCGACCUUAAUCCCAAAUCAAUUGGAGGGGGGGGGCAAGGAGGUCAAGGACCAGCAGGCCGUGGGUAUGGUGGGCCAAUGCAGCCAGGAGUGUUCCACGGAUACCCCCUCAAAUCACCCAAAGUGCAAGGUGGCUAUGGAGCAAAACCUGGAGGUGGCAAACUACCUUUUGGUUACGGCUUUGGUAAUGGUGACGCUGGGUCAAGGCCUGGAUAUCCUGUAGGAACUGGAGUUGGGCCCGGGGGCAUCUCACCUGCUCAGGCUAAAGCUGCCAAAUAUGGAUUGGGUGGUGCUGGUGGUGCUGGCACCGGUGGACUUUAUCCAGGGCAGGUGCCAGGAGGAGUGGGGCCCAGCGGCAUCUCACCUGCUCAGGCAAAAGCUGCUAAAUAUGGAUUGGGUGGUGUUGGAGGUGUUGGAGGUGUUGGCGGUGUUGCUGGUACUGGUGGACUGUAUCCAGGGCAGGUGCCUGGAGGUGUUGGUGGAUAUGGCGUUGCUGGUGCUGGUGGUGUUGGUGGCUAUGGAGGUGUUGGUGGUGUUGGUGGCACUGGUGGACUGUAUCCAGGGCUGGUGCCAGGAGCGGGAUAUGGAGCUGGGUCCAAGGCUGCUAAAUAUGGGGUACCAGGAGGAGUACCAGGAGGAGUACCAGGAGGAGUUCCAGGAGGGGUUCCAGGAGGGGUUCCAGGAGGUGCACCAGUGGUUGGUGGAUAUUCACCAGCAGCCAAAGCCGCUAAAUAUGGUGUUGGUGGGUAUGGCGGUGCUGGUGCUGGAGGUGUUGGUGGUGUUGGUGGCACUGGUGGACUGUAUCCAGGGCUGGUGACAGGAGCAGGAUAUGGAGCUGGUUCCAAGGCUGCUAAAUAUGGGGUACCAGGAGGAGUACCAGGGGGUGUACCAGGAGGGGUACCAGGAGGAGUACCAGGAGGGGUUCCAGGAGGUGCACCAGUGGCUGGUGGAUAUUCACCAGCAGCCAAAGCCGCUAAAUAUGGAGCAGGGGGACUAGGAGCAACAGCAGGACUGGGAGGAACAGGACUGGGAGGAACAGGAGGACUGGGAGGUGGAGGAUACUCUGCUGCUGCUAAAGCUGCUAAAUAUGGUCCAGGUGGUACAGGAGUAGUUCCAAGUGGUGGUGCAGGUGGAGGAGGAGUACCUGGAAGAGUCCCAUUUUUUCCAGGAUAUGGAUCUUUGGCGGCUGGUGCUAAACCUCCUAAAUAUGGAGUCCCAGGAACAGGCCUAGGAGGAGGCGGAGUUCCAGGGGGAGCAGGACAGGUACUUCCUGGUGGUGCCGGCUAUGGUGGUUAUGGAGCUGGUGCUGGAGUGAAACCCCCAAAAUAUGGAGUUUCAGGAGGAGCUGGAGCAGGGUUAGGAAUAGGUGGACUGGGAGGGGCAGGAGUACCUGGUGCAGUACCAGGACUAGGAGGUGGACAAUACUCUGCUGCAGCAAAAGCUGCUAAAUACGGAGUUUCAGGAGGAGCUGGAGCAGGGUUAGGAACAGGAGGACUUGGAGGAGCAGGAGGAUUUCCUGGUGCAGGACUAGGAGGUGGACAAUACUCUGCUGCUGCAAAAGCUGCUAAAUACGGAGGAGCUGGAGCAGGGUUAGGAACAGGAGGACUGGGAGGGACAGGAGGGACAGGAGGGACAGGAGGAACUGGAGGAGUUGUACCUGCAGGGGUUGGGGCUGAAGGAUAUCCGGGUGGUGUAAAACCACCAAAAUAUGGAGGCGUCACUGGAGUAGGACUUGACGUGCCAGGAGCUACUCCAGGUACAGGUGUCAGUGGUAUCCCAGAUGGUUCUGCUGUUUUGGUGCCAGCAAAGGAUGCAGGUCCUGCUGGAACUCCUCAACCAGAGCCAACGCCUAUUGCUGCAAUUGGCCAGACCGCAGAGGUCCCACGGCCCAGUGUGAAAACAAAUGUUUCUGGUGGAAUUAUUCAGCCUAGUGGUAAAGGUAUUGCAGUACCCUCUGGUGGUGUUGGUGUUGGCACAGGUGGCAAAGCACCUAAACCAUUCUUACCAGGUACAGGAGCAGGUGUUGCUCCAGCCGGAGGUGGAUAUCCCUAUGGUGGAACCUAUGGAGCUGUGGGUGGAGCAGGAGGAGGAGCAGGAAUCCCACUGGCAGCAGGAGGUUAUCAAGGGGGAUACAGGCCAUAUCAUCAUGGUUAUGGCCAUGGUGGGUUGGCGUAUCCCUCUGCAGGUGGACUGGGAGGUGCUGGUGCUGGAGCUAAACCACCCAAACCAGGCUACGGCAAUCUUGGAGGUGGCAGUGUACAUCAGCAAGGUGUGGCUCCUGUGGUUCCUGGUUAUGGAGGAGGUUACCCCCAACAGUACUACCAAGGUGGAUAUGUACCAGCCCCACUGACUCCUCAACAAGCCAAAGCAGCCAAGUACGGUCCAUUGCAGGGCUUCCUUGGUGGUGCAGGAGGAGGAGGAGUCUACAGAGGUGGAGUUGCAGGAUGCGUGGGCAAAUACUGUGGGAGGAGGAAGUAGAGCCCACCAGUGUGACCUCAAGAAACCAUGGUGCUACUGCAUGAUCUAGAAUGUACAUUUUAUAUGUAAACAAACCCCAUUAGAAAACAUGUAAAGAUGUUUUUUUUGUUUUGUUUUUACUUACUGGACUUCAGCGUCUGACUUUAUAAAAACCCACCGACCCAGAAUUUUGUACACUCUCUGAUGAGACGUAUGUUAUUGAUAGUGCCUUUUAUCAAUAAUGUGGUCAAGUUAAUUAGCUUUAACUCCCUGUACUGCACCAGCCUACUUAAAAUAUAGAGAGUGUGUUUGUGUCACCAUGUGUUGUUCUUGUGCAUCAAUGUGUGUGUGUGUGUGUGUGUGUGUGUGUGUGUGUGUUUUGUUUUAUGGUUGUACUGUUGUGCGAAAGACUGACUGAACCAUCGGCUGCCAAUGUGACCUAUGAAUGAUUUCCCUUUCGGUUUUAAUCCUAAAGCAAGGUGAACUGUCCUCAUUGUUACAACCCACACUGUCUCACUUCGCUGUGCAGACCUUUUCAUCUCUCUGACAUGUCAGAGGGGUUGGGUUGGUCGAGGCUCGUCCAAAAACUGAUGAAAUCUGGCCAAUCUCUGCAUCGUCUCUGGCUCCCCGUCUUCUCUGCUGCUAUUUUUAGGCGUGCUGGGUAUAUAGCAGCAGGAAUCGGGGCUCCGGCCAACCCAUCUGCUGUCAGUAACUUUGCUGAUUCUAGUUGCUAUGCAGUUCAGUUUUCGCAGCAUUUUUAAUGUUGCCAAACAUUGAAUUGAAUUGAAUUGAAGAGCAGUUUCUGCUCUGAGAAACGACAUGCUGAAGACAAUCAAAACGUGUUUGAUUCAUUACAAGAUGUUUAAAAACAUGAGGAAAGCAGUGUUGCCUUUUCGUUCCAAGUAGAUUAAAGUGUAACUCAGAUACUAGUCUGGCAUGUACAUUAUGUAUGUGUGAAUGUUUUAUUCACACAUAAUUAUGUGUCUGAAAUUGAGCACUUCAAAUGUUUAGUCAUUGCAGCAGUUAUUUACAUUUAUGUAACUUGUCAUUACAUGAUUAUUCAAGAUGUUUUGCACCAUGCUUUGACUCAUAGCUUCAUUGUUAUCAGGAAUGUGUGAACAUAAAACGCAUUUAUUCACUGUUUAGAAUUGUAAUACAGAAUAAGACUUUGUUUGAUGGGAGAGCUGAAGUGUUAAUGUGAGGCAUAAGCUCCCAUUGUUCUUCAUUUACUUGAGCUGCUUUUAAAAAGGCUUACUGACCAAAGGUUCAUCAGCGCUGUUGCCAAGUGACUCCAUCUCUUUCUGUAAUUGUGUACUGUAUUUUGUACUAAUUUGAUAUUUGCUGGCUUCGGUUCCUUCACUCGGUGCUGUGCAAGAACUGUCUUUGAGCCUGGGUCAGACCUUGUCUUAUGUGCCGUGGGAUACUCUUCAUCUUUAUUUAAAACUGUUUUUAUAAGGAGGAACAGUGUGGUUUUGCACUUUUUAUAUUUCCACGACACACAUGUGACUUGUUCCAGCAUUUAUUUACUUCAUCAAAUAACAAAAUAAAAUGUGUUAA